AUGGCGCGCGCCGUUGGCGUCGCUGUCUGCAACGUCGUCGUCCUCGCCCUCGCCGUGGCCCUGGCUGCCAAGCAGCCCAAGCACCCCGCACAGGCGGACCAGCACGCUGUCGUGCAAGCCUGGGCGGAGAAGUUGGGGAAGGAGCUGGGGGAGUUCGCUAGCUCGGUGACGCGGAUCAGGCACCUUCAUGACACUUUCAAGAAGGCGACGGUUUCGGUGCGCAACGCGACGGCGUUGCUCGACGGGGUCGUCAGGAACGUGCAGGACCUGAUGCAGAUCCGGGUGGAGCAGGUGCAGGACAUUCGCAGAGCUGCCGAGGAUAUGGGCAGGGUCCCGCUUCGUAAGCUGGCCAUCGAAGUGCGCAAACCGUACCUUGGCGUCAAGGACAAGGAGGCCGGCGAGGAGCCUACGCCGACACCGGCACCCAAAGCGAAGUCGAAGCAGAAGGUGCGAUGGUGGUCUCGGGGCUCCACCGUCCUCGUGCCGCCCACAACCACCCCGGCACCCACCCCACCGCCCACCACCCCCAAGCCCUGGCUCGUGCACGACGAGUUCUUUCCCGGAGGCAGUCUCAUCAACGACUCCCUCAGCGCGGUGCACGUCCCCGCCGACGUCAACGAUGGCACCUUCGCGCUGGACCCAGACGAGCCUGAGGAGGACCUGGACGUGUACAUGAAUUCGACGGGUGCCGACGUGCUAAGGGUCAUCAAGCUCACGAGCAGACUGGAUGACGUCUUUCUCAGCAACAAGGAGAGGGACAGGACCACCUCCUGGCAGUUCUUCGCCCACCACUCCGGCGUCAUGCGCCAGUACCCAGCCUCCAAGUGGAACACGCUCUACCACGAGGACUUCUUCGACGCGCGGCUCCGGCCCUGGUACCUGGGUGCGGCCAUGAGCCCUAAGGACGUCGUCAUCCUCCUGGACAACUCGGGCUCCAUCGGCAUGACGGAGCCGUCCAAGCUCACCAAGCUGGUGGUGCACAUGAUCUUGGACACCCUCGGCCCCGAUGAUUUCGUGAGCGUGCUUCUGUUCAACAACACCGUCUCCUCGCUCAUACCCGACCUGGACCUCACGCUCAUUCCGGCCACCUCAGCAUACGUACGCGAGCUCCAACACGCCCUGGAGGACGUGACUCCGAAAGGACCCGCAAACCUGAGCCUUGGUCUAGAGACCGCCUUCCUCCUGCUAGAAAAGUACCGGCGGCAGUCCCUGGGCGCGGCCUGCAACCAGGCGGUGAUGCUGGUGACGGACGUGGUGCCGGAGCACGAGGAGGAGCUGUUCCGGGUGCACAACCGGCCCGAGCUCGACAACCCGGGCCAGACGCACGCCCGCGUCUUCACCUUCGUCAUCAAGGAGCCGGCUCAGGGCGAGGCUCGGGAGGCGCAGUGGAUGGCGUGCGCCAACAUGGGUGAGUACUGUAUCGGCGAGGAGUCCAUCAACAUCGGCUGCUUGAAACUGUCGCACUUGCACCGGGGGGCAGUGAAGGGUCUUUCAAAUACUACGAGCAUUUCGGGGGCUACAAAUAUUAUGGGCUCCCGAAAUGACCAGGAACAUUGGUGGCACAUGAAGAUCUGGAAGUCCGGCGCGCGCGGCACCCUGCAGUACCUGCCCGUGAUGUCGCGGCCGUUGGUGCUGGCUGGCAUGCACCCGGUGCACUGGACGCACAUGUACGCCGACGUGACGGUGCCCGGGCUCACGGACGUGCUCUGGAGCGGCAUGGAGCACGUGGAGCAGCUGCACCGAGUGACGCCCUUCUGCUUCAAGCACGCCGAGCUGCACCCGCUCGCCAAGAAGCACUACCUCAACCGGCUGCCGGUUCGUAUGUGGUCUGGCUAA